AGAUUACACAGAUUACAGGGCAUUCACCCACACACGCAUGCUCUUUACAACACUGGUACUUACACUUGUACAUCCACAUACUGCGCAGCGCUUCCUGUCUAGAAAUCCUUUGUCGUCCACAUCGAUCGUCUGUGGAUGCCCCUUGCACCGCCGCGCUCAAAUCAGCUUGUUUGAUUGAGCGCAACAGGGAUUGGCUUGGGCGCGUUCCAGUCUCUCCAGUGUGGGUGGCAUCGGUAGCCUGUCACUGCUUGUCCUCUUUACUUUUUUCCCUCGAACCAGAGUGGCUCCGGCUACUGUACACAAUGCAUUCUCCAGACACGGCGCGCCGAAUUGCGAAUGCCAGGCGGAACCACAACCAGUACCCCGACCCAAGGGUAGACCUGAGGAUCAUCACCAGAGAUACUCCGACUCCCCCUUCCCACCUCGGUCAUCACACGAGCCAUCACCCAACCGGCCAUCACAGGAGGCACAGCAGCGACGACUCAUUUCUGCGAAGCACGCCCGCGACGCACCCCUUCCACCCGUCUACGCCCCCCGAGCGCACAAGAUCUCCCUCUGGUGCCCGCUCGCUGAGGGCCCUCGUGCGGAACGCCGCCGAUAUCGAGUCCUUUCUUUACAGUCUUGGACCCGUCGACACGAACAUGUCGGACAAAGAGUCCGAUUGCUCCUCCGAACACCCCUCCGAACCCUCCCCCGAACCGGCGCGCCCGCCCCAUCGUGACUCGCACGAUCUCUCGCUCUCGCCCCGCCAGUUUACCCGCGAUUCCCUGGUCACAAAUAUGCUCCUGGGGCUCGACAAGCUGUCAUUGGAGCAGAUGGGCACCUCGUUCGGCGGAUCACGGAACGCUUUCGACGAUUCCAACAUGUACUCGUACGGAAACGACACCGCUCGCACAAUGUCGUUCAACUCGAGGGCAGGUCGUGGACAUGCAUACACUUACAGCUCGGAUUAUGAGGCGGAUGAUAGGUCGUCCCGCAGGCGCCGGAGUAACAGCAGUUCGGGCUACCAAUCAGGCCUGGGUCGCAUCAACAGCAUGCGCGAACUGGGUAGCACACCACGGGCGAUACAUUCGAGAGGCGGGAAGGGCAGCAAAGGCAGCAGCACUAACAGCAUAGACCCAGGCUAUGCGCAGGUCCUUGGCAGUCAGCGCUGGGCCCGAGGUUUUGGCAGAUCAUCCAGCUUCGACUGCGGCGACGCAAGGCCGUCAACCAGUCAACAGGCUCCGUGGCACAUUGAGUUUUCAAAAUCCCUUUUUGACAACGGCAACGAGCACGACUACGAUGCCGCGCCCACCCCUCAUGUCCCCGCCGGCCCACGAAGGCUGAAUACGGUUCCGUCAUUGCCCGUCCUUGCGCCCAUCGACACAAAGAACAGCUCCAAACUAACGCCCAAAGCCCCGAGUAACGAUCGCCCACGCAGCAUGAGAUCCUCAAAGAGCGCAUCGACGGUGCGCCAGUCCGAAGUGAAAUACAAUGCGCAACGCGCUGUUCCCUCCGUUCCUCCGGUUUCCAUCCCUCCGUUUGACGUGGAAGCAGCACCUGCUCCCCAUGUCGGCUACGAGAAGACCAAGGAUGCAAUGCCUGAGAACCCGAUAAACGCCAUACAACAAGCCAUACAACAACCAAAGGAGAAAUCUGGCUUUUUUCGCAGAAUGUUUAGCUCAUCCAAGGCGAACUCUCAAACACCGCCCACGUUCCCAUACCUGUCAUCGACAGCCAACGACAGCUCGAGCAUCAAGGCGGAUUCGCUCAAGUCGCCAACGAUCCCACCUGUUCGCGAGCCAUCCCAGACCGUCACACAUACGCUGCAAAAGAAGACUUCGUCCUUUUUCAAGAGGCGGAAAACGUCCAUCACGGAAAUGGAACCACCGCCGAUCCCGCAUAUACCGAACAAGUCGCCAGCCAGAAUGAAGCCAAACACCCUGAUGGCCAGGCCGGAGCCGAGUCCCAUGGGUGGCAGCUUAAGGCGGGCUAUGGACCCGUUCUUACAAGAUAGUCCCAUUUUUCAGUCAUCUGCCGAUGCCCCUCUACGGUCGACAGAAGCCUCCGACUCGGGCGCGCCAAACAGGUCUUUGGAGGAUUCUCCGGAGAUCAGACGGAACAAGGAUAGUUACCAGAGAGGCUUCUCUCCCGAUUACGAACCAAGUCCGAAAGCCGUGAUCCGCGCCGUCGACCCUAACUCUUCUAGCGACUCGGUUGAGGCCAAACAGCCUCGGAUAGAGCUGCCCGGCAGGCCGGCGUUUGAUCGAACCAUGACUUCACCUCCGAGAUCAUUCUUGCGCGAUGAUAGCGAGAGCGAAUACAGCCCCGAACAAAAGAAGAGAGUUUCUGGCACCGAGUCCCGUAAAGUAAGCAUGAAGCCGGGUCGAGAAAAGGAAAAGAAGAGACGGUCCUCUUCGCCGACGGUGUCCAAGUCGAAGAGCUAUCCUAGUCUUGGCAAGCCAAAGGAGGACUCGAAGGCCCCUGCUCGUCAGAACUCCAAGAUCUCGACCAAGGCCAGCAAGAAACCCAGCUUGCCUAGUUUACGGGUAGAUAGCGCCGAGCCUAUUUCGCUGGGAUUGGGCACAGGUGGCUUGAAGACCGCCGAAUCGAUCAACCCGGCUAGCAAGUCAGAACUCGACGAACCCGAACAAUUCGUGGUCGGCGACCCCACCGAGGAUGACCGGCAGAAGGCGCUCAAGAUUUACGAAGGUAAUGAGGACUUCAUCGCCAGAGACAAGGCGGCCGCAUGGAUGGGUGAGGAGGGUCCAGUUCGGCAACGCACGCUCCGGGCGUACAUGGAAAACUAUGAGUUUGAGAACAUGAGCGUUUGUGCUAGUUUGCGGCAGCUUUGCAACCGCCUCCUUUUGAGGGCUGAAACCCAGCAGGUUGAUCGGAUUCUGGUCGCUUUCUCCAACCGGUGGUGCGAAUGCAAUCCUAACCAUGGGUUCAAAUCAAUGGACAUCAUCCACACCAUUUGCUACUCCAUCAUGCUCCUCAAUACGGACUUGCAUAUGGCUGAUAUUGAACAAAAGAUGACCAAGAGCCAGUUCAUCAAGAACACCAUGACCACGAUCCGACAGGCACUCGAGGAUUCGGUUCCAGAAGCAUUUGAACGUCCCAGUAUCCUACCUGGCAAAGGUGCAAGCCUUGGCGUUGAGGGCAACCGUGGCAACUCUAAUGAAGAUAACAAACACAACAGUUUCAGAUAUUCUUUCAAGCCACCAGCACGGCCGACGUCCGGCUUUGGUGCAGUAACAGAUUCGUCUACCUCCGACAGUUGCGGGCCUCUCGUAAGAGCGCCCUUUGAUGGGCCCCUGAAGGGAUGGGAAUCGCAAGUCGAAGCAGUCCUCAAAGACAUCUACUCAUCCAUCCGCGACGAAAGCCUGCCGUUAUUUGGCGGUGCCACCAAUACGACGAGUCUCUCGUCAACCGCCCAAGGCAGCUUAUCGGUUAUGGGUGUGCUCAAGCGGAGCCCUAGUGUACUGAGUAAAGCGCCAUCGGAAGGCAUGGCUUCCACUCGGGGUAGGAUAACCGAAGGGGCCAAGGCCAAUUCAUCCAGAUGGAACUCAAAGAGUCGGUCGAGGCCAAGAGGCUUUGGAAACGGCUUUAAUUCGAGCCGGACUAGCUUUGACGACGGAAACUCACUUUUCAGCCCCACCGAAUCCUCGGCGACAUGGAGCAAAGCGUCGCUGGGUAGGACCCAUACGACCAUGUCCAUGGACUCUUUUGGUUCCUCCAUCCGUGGCGACUUUCAACAAUCGAUUGGUUUUGCAAAUGCGCUUAGCCAGGCUAUCAUACGCGAAGACAACACACUCGAUCUCACCAUCAGCAAGACGGAGGAUUUCAACACCGCGGAGCUGCUGGAGGAUGAGUCUCUAGAAUUAGCCGGUCCACCAUGGGUUAAGGAGGGUAUUGUUACGCACAAGCACCACAUGGAAACCGCCGAUAAACGGUCCAAGGAACGCGCAUGGAACGAGGUAUUUGCAGUCAUCCAGAAGGGACAGCUAAGCUUGUUCUCCUUCUCUCCAAACAAAUCCACGAGCAGGAAAAGGGGAAUGCGCAGCAACGCGCAAAAAGGAGGAGUUGUUGGUGGUGGCAACUGGCAGGACAGUGCGGUAAACAUGGGCACGUUUUCGCUGCGCCAGACACUGGCGACUAUUAUGCCGCCACCAGGCUAUUCGCGAGCCCGUCCGCACGUUUGGUGUUUGUCGUUACCUAACGGGGCGCUCCAUUUGUUCCAGGUCGGAACGGCCGAGAUUUGCAGGGAGUUUGUGACUACAGCCAACUAUUGGAGCGCGCGGUUGAGCACCCAUCCGAUGAUAGGCGGUGUCUCCAAUAUCGAAUACGGCUGGAGCGAUGCGGUCAUCAACACGACCCGGAUUUCUGGCAUCCAGAGUAAUGGUGACCUGGGCAAUACGGGUGGCAGCGGUAUUACCGGGCGUCCUGCCAGUAACAGCGUCAGUAGCAACCACAAGGGUCAUUCGCGCCCUGGCAGCGCAGCAAACGCGGCAUCGGCAAUGGCAGCGCUAGCUGCUGGUAGUGCCAUCUCGGGCAGCCGUGCCUCGCUACAAAGUCGGCGCGGUGUUAGAAGCUCUUCUUUCGACUUUGGUCGGCCGGGAAGCUCGGCCAGCAGCGGCGCCCUCGGUCUCACGUUUAGCGGCGGCGGCUCACUACCUCGUCCCAACGGUGCAUCGUCGUCCUCGAAGCUACCAGGUGAUAAGAUUCACAUUGCCGAGUGGACACCGCCAGCGCAGUCCCUUCGGCCUAGCACCCUUUCCGAGCGCGAACAGUUUGGGCAUCUCAUCGCGUACGUCAGGAGCCUCGAUGAGGACUUUCAGAAACACAAUUCGCUCAGGAGUCCUAUGCUGUUGGCGUUUUCGCCUCGGUCGGUGAACGCGGCCAAGGCGAUGACCAACUGGGAGAAGAAGAGCCAGCAUCUCCUCAACGAGAUUGUGAAGUACCGGACGUAUGUGGAAAGCCUGCGCGAGGCAGAGAUGAGGAGGUCGGAGAUUUACCGUGAAAGGGAGAACGCGAGACGGGCGGCCAGGGGUGAGGAUGUGGUUGACAGUGAUGGGGAAGGCGAACCUUUACCUGGUGAGAUCAUGGACGGGUCGCUGGAAAGGGAGGUCAAGGUCUAAAUGAAAUGGCAUGAAGCUUGGGCACGAAGUUAUAGAAAGAAAGAGAAAGAGGGGAAAAGGCGUUGAGGAGAUUUGACGACGAUUGACAAGCGAGGCUUCAUGAGGACGGGAAUAUUCAUUGCUACACCACAAACACACAUCUUUACGUUAUAUCAUGGCAUUGAGCAAGCGAGCAUGCAUGCACGGCAACUUCUGUCUAUUGUUACUUUCUGGGGUAUUUACGGCUUGAUAAUACAUCUUUAAUACCUUC